AAAAAAAUGUGAGAAAUAGAGAUCGGAGAAAACGCUUGCUCUCAAGAGAAAGGCGCCCGAAAUUCUCCCGACAGCCACAAAGUCGGCAUGGACUUUUGCAGAUGCUGUGCCAUUCGUUUAGUCUGAGAAAAACGAUCGGAGAUCCAGGAGGUGUCUGCUGGACGUGGUGUGCGCGCCCUCAACGUCGUCUUGUAUAUAUUAUUUAUAUAUAGAAACAAUUUUUGUUCACCAAAUGUGUCAAUUGUGUGAGUGUGUGUGUGUUUGUGUGUUUGAUUCUGUAUGUGCCCAUUGAAAGUAGCAUAUUUCGGCUGCAGUUGAAAUUCAAUUUCGAAAGUGCAAAAAGCUAAAUUUUAUACAUGUACAAAAUAAUAAUUUGUGUUCAAAAUAAUUACGAUAAAUUUCAUAUUUUUCAGCCAAGAGAAAAGCUUAAAUAUCUUUGACAACAUCGCUGCCUUCUUCAUGUUCAUGUGCACGUCGUUCUAAAUAUAUGUGUAUAUAUAUAAGAAAAAAAAAGAAGAAGAAAAAUUUAAAAGCGGUUUUUCAGUAUACGCCGCAAUUAAACAACCAUCAAAUAAAUUUCCAAUCCUAAGUAAAAAGAUUUCGUUGAGCGUGUGGAAAAGUCCUGUUACGCAGACUACGCGAACGCGUCUGUGUGCGUGCGUGCGUGCGUUCGUGUGUGCAAGUGUGUGUGUGCUACCCAUGUUAAAGUGGCCCUGUUUUUGGCUAAUUAUAUAGCUAGUCUGUCUAGCUAGAGCUAAAACAUGGAAGGAACACCGGGAACAGCAGCCGACGCAGCCGCCGUCGUAGUAGAACCUCCUGGCCAGGCCACAAUGCCAGAUCGGUCACCACGUAUUACGUUUAGUGAUAACUCCAGCUCCCUGAUACGCUGCAUACCCAAUGAACGUGCGACGUUUUUUGUGAAAAUCGAUUGCGAUGAGGAGGAUGAAACGGAAUUGCUGCCCUUCAAAUUUGAGUGGACCCGUGGCGAUAUACCCAUCGAGAACUCCGAUCGCUUUCGCAUCACACAGACCAGCAAUGCCGUCCAGCUGGCCGUGGAGCAUGUGCAGCGCGAGGAUGCUGGACACUAUACCCUCUUUGCCCGUACGAAAAGCAACGAAGUCGUGCGCAAGCACGUCGAGCUCAUUGUCGAGGACAGAUCGACGGGCGAGGAUCCACCCGUAUUUCUGCGUCGCCUCGUCGAUCUGUCUGUCAAAGUGGGAACACGAACACGCCUCCUAACAGAAAUACGCAGCUCAACAGACCUUAAGCUAACCUGGUAUCGAAACGACCGCAGAAUUUGCGAGAAUGAUCGCAUCAAGGAGACCAACGAGGGCACAUUUCACUAUUUGGAAGUGAGUCCAGUAAUACUCGAGGAUGGCGGCCAAUGGAUGCUGAUGGCUGAGAAUAUGGGCGGACGCAAUUCCUGUUUGGCCACACUGAAUGUCCUGGUGCCCAAGGCGUACAAGACACCCGAGUUUGUGGAGGAGCUGCGAGCUGUGCUCACCGAACAGGGCACCGUCUCGCUGGAGUGCAAGGUGGUGGGUGUGCCCACGCCGCAUUUGCGCUGGUUCAAGGACUCAAAGGAGAUCAAGGCUGGCGAUAUGUUUGCACUGACCGCCAAUGCCGAUGAUCCAACAUCGCUGGGCACGUACACAUGCGAGGCAAAGAACUGCAUGGGCGUCACCUACUCCAGCUCCAAGGUGCAUGUGGUGGGACGCGGCAGUCGCGAGGGUUCCCUGAAGCCAGCCGACAACGUUAGCAGCAAUGCGCCGCCGCCGAUCUUUACGAACGAGCUGCGGAACCAGAGUGUCCACAUCGGGGAUACCAUCAUACUCGGCUGUCAAGUUGUGGUGCCGCCUUGGCCCAAGAGCGUCACCUGGUACAAUAAGGAUGGGCGCGUGGAUACCGACGAGCGCUAUAAACUAAUUGAGGAUGGCCUGGGCGUCUAUAUGAUCGAGAUCAAGCCCUCCGAAUCCUGUGACGCGGGCGAUUGGAAGUGCGUCGUCACCAGCUUUGAGGGCUGCGUGGGCAUCUCAGCUUGUGUGGUCAACAUGGACAUUCCCCGAAAUUAUCGCAAGCCCAGAUUCAUGGAGAGCCUGCGUGCUGUGCUGACCGAGGAGGGACUCGUUUCGUUCGAGUGCAAGGUCGUUGGCUUUCCAACGCCAGUGCUCAAGUGGUUCAAGGAUGGCCACGAACUCAAGCCCGGCGAUGUUUAUCAGCUGACGGGCACCAAUUCCCUGGGCACCUACUGUUGCAUUGCGCGCAACUGCAUGGGCGAGACGAGCAGCACGGCUGUGCUCACCGUGGAGGACAUACAGAACCAGCUGACGGAUGAGGAACGUUUGGUUUUCACGCAUCAGAAUCAGGCGCCCAAAUUUCUAACCGGUCUGAAGAGCACAGAUGCCAAAAUCAACGAACCGUUUCAAUUCAAGGUCGUGGUCAAGGCCACACCCGAUCCCAUCCUGAGCUGGUUCCGGGAUGAGCUGCCCAUCGAUCCGAACGAGCGAUAUAAUCACUAUCGGGGCGAGAACGAGGACUGGCUGCUGGACAUCAAGUCGGCGGAGUUUAUCGAUCAGGCCGAGUGGAAGUGUGUGGCCGUCAAUGAUUUUGGCACCAGCAUUACCUCGUGCUUCUUGAAACUGCAAAUCCCCAGGCAUUACAAGAAGCCCCGGUUUCUGGAGUGCCUGCGCGCAGUGCUUACCGAGGAGGGCGCCGUCAAUCUGGAGUGCAAGGUCAUUGGCGUGCCGCAACCGGUGCUCAAGUGGUAUAAGGAUGGCGUUGAACUGAAGCCGGGCGACAUACAUCGCAUCAUUUCUGGCCAGGAUGGCACCUGCUGUCUGGGCACCUAUACAUGCGAGGCCAGAAACUGCAUGGGCGUGGUCGCCAGCUCGGCUUCGCUGCUGGGCUUCGAGGAUGCACAGCGGACACAGAAGCCAGAACAGCCGCAGGCGAAUGAGCUGCAAAGGAACUAUUCGCUGUCCACCAUACAGGAGGAGCGCACCUCACAGCUAUACGAGACGCCCGUGGGCGACAUAACCAUAGAUGAUAAGGGCGAUGUCUCCUUCUCGUUCGAUGGCAAAGAAGUCUCCGUUUCGCUAUACGAGACGCCCGAUCUGACGGAGGAAGAAGCCCUGAAAAUUGUUGAGAUGUAUGCGGAUCAGAUUUCGGAGCAUGUAACAGAGCAUAAUAUUGUUGAGUUGCCGCCGUUGCGUUUCGUCAAGGAGACUUCACAGUCGGGCAAGCUGCUAAUGGAGGCGGUUGUUAUAGAUAUAUCACCCGAAUACUUUACACACGAUGAGGAUAUGCGCACCGAGGCGGAUAUGGAUGAUAUAUCUAUAACUGAGAUCACAGUGCACGGUUCCUCCGGCAGGGAGGGAGUCUUUGACAAAGAAACGGAGAAAUAUGCACAACAAUCCUUUGAAAAAAUGGAAGAGGAACUCUCCCUGACGGCGCCUAUACGUAAGCGUAAGAAAUCGCGACCCACAGAGACUGAUGAGUUCUUUAGUUUGUCCAAGGCUUCCGGCUCGGGCAGUCAGGGCGAAGAGGAGACAUCUGAUCAGCAAACUUUUGCCAGUGCACAAAUGUCCACAUCGCAGAAGGUGGCCGCAUCUUCUGAGGGCGAAGCCGCAGCACCCCCGAAGCGUAAAAAAUCUAAAAAACCCACGGAUAGCGAUUCGUCAAAGACCACCGAGGACGAUGCCAGGCUCCAGGACAUUUCGGGCGCGGUGGGUGACGGAUUAUUGAUGACGCCAGCGUCGCACAUGAAGGCUGUGACCGAUGAGGCGGAGAUCAAUAAGAAUCUUAUUGCAUUGGUGCCUCUGGCCAAAUUGCUGAGGGUCAUUGAAAACCAUUUGACAGUCGUCGAGACGGAGGUAUUGGAUCAGUCCACCAUGAUGAUGACACCAGCUGCGGCAGACCAAAGCAUUGCCAUCAUAAGAAAUAUUCUAGAGCCCAUCAAGCAGAUCGAAUCAAAGCUGCGCGUCUACUCGGGCGAAACCCAAAUCGAUGCACUAAUCCAAACCAUGGAUGAUGAUAUACGACGACUGCAUAUGGGUCUGCAGGUAAUCGAGAAGUGCGUCGAGAUAGAUGAAACGGGCGCCACGCUAAUCCAAAGGACCAGUGUGUGCAUUAUUGACAGUGUGGCGGAGCAUAUGAAGCGGGCGCUGGAGGAGCUGAAGAUCGUUAGCGAGAGAUUCGAAUCGGAGAGUCUGCGUAACCAAAUCAAUUUGACUGCCGAUGAUAUACACCAGGGCCUGGAGAUAACCCAAGGCACCAUACGAUCACAGGCACUGCUGCAGGAAGCCCAGGAACUGGAGGCAGCCAAGCAUUUUACGGAGGCCGUGGAGAAGAUGCAGGACGUGCCCGAAAGCGUAUCCUUUGCAUCCAUAACGGAAGCCAACUUACCCAGCGAAGCGAGUGCCUUAAAGCAGAUCUGUCAGCCCGUUGCAAAAAUACAAGAAGCUCUGGAACGCGUCGAAAUGGAGCUUUCCAUGGAGGAGAAUGAAGAGCAAAUCUACAAGAAGGUGCACAAGAAGGUGCUGGAUAGCAUAGUGCAGCCAAUUAGGGAACUGCAGAGUACACUUCAAUCAAUUGAAGAUAAGACAGAGUCCCUGGCCGGAUCCGAAUCGAUCGAACAAAAGAUUAACAUGGCCAUCCUGGAUAUUGUGACCCCGCCGCUCUUCGAACUCAACAAGGGCUUGGAGCUGAUUCUAAAUGAGAAGUCGGACAGCGUUGAGGGUGGCAUGUUUACAGUUAGCACCGUGGAGUCGAUGGUGCCGCCGCUGCAAGAGAUUCAGAAUGGCCUGGCGCAGUUGGGUCAGGAUCUGGAGAGUGGCCAGGCGGCCAGCGAGGAGGCCACAUUGGAUUUGGCAGACACCCAGAAGCUUUUGCAGUCCAUUGCCCAGGCUGUUUUGCAUUUCGAAACGAAUAUUGAAAGAAUUUCGGAACGCCUUAGCGAGAAUGUCAAAUUUCGUCUACAAAAUCUAAAGGACGAGCUGUCGGCUCUGAUUGGCACCAUUUUGGACAAGGAUAUAGCCCGGCAUCAUGUGGAGCUGCUUGACAAGCUGAAGCGUCCGAUCGAUGAGUUGAACUAUUGCCUACGCCAGACCGAGGUGAAGUCCACCUCUGGUUCUUUAGCGGAUCUGAUCGAGCCACUUAGCCUCUUGCAGGAGAAUACCCAGAAGGGACAAGGACUCCUGUUGGCGACGCGGGAACGCGAACCGGAUAAGGAGGCACUGCAGUCCCUUGAAAAUAUACGAAAUAUAAUACGCAAUGCUAUUAUCGAUAUUGAGGAACACGAAUUUAAGAUUCUGCAACAGGAGAUCCAACAGGAUGAACAGCAGGCUGCUCAGCAGGACAAAUCCUUCAGCGCAUUGCGCAAAGUCUUGGAGACCAAGGUCUCGCUCGAGGAGUCCAUUGGCAACAUUGAAACACUUCAGCUGGCUCUAAACCGAAUCAGUGAGAGUUCCAAGACAGCGCCCAAGAUCAAAUUGUCAGCGAAUGAAGCUCAAGUUUCGCUCUUGCGAAUCUUACAAAUAGCCAAAGGAUUAGCCGCAUUUAGCGAGACGGAGACCACGCUCAAUUCCAAUGAAGCGCAUACAACUCGCAUUCUCUUUGAGAUGGGCAAAAGCUUUGCUGAUCUGGCCAAGACCCUUAAUAAUCCAGAUGCAGACGAAAGUAAUUUCAACGAUGUUCUGAAUAGUUUUAAUGACAUUGUAGCUCAGCAGAGGGAAGCUUUGGACGAGAAACUUACUUGGAAUGCACUUGCCAUUUCGAGUCCACUUUCGAGUUUCUUGCAUGCACUCGAAAAUCUACAACCGCUUAGGUUAUCUGUUGAAAAUUUAUCCACAUUGGAUGAUAUUUCGGUGCUCAAGUCCUCAGCUGAAUCGUUGUCCGCAGAGCCUGAGGCUUAUGUUAAAGAGGAGGAGGGGCAGAAAGUAGCUGUCGAGCAAGAAACCCCCACGAAACCAGCUGAGGUCCUGCUCUCAGACCUGAACCAUGGCAUCGCUACAGUACUUUCGCAUUGUGAAGACCUGGACGUGGCCUCCUUGCGUGGCGAGGCAGGUGAACAGCUACAAGCGGCAAUCAUCAAAAUGCAAGAGCUACGCAGCAGCAUUGCUCUGGUGCAGGAAACAAACCUUGUCGAGGCUGCCCAAUCCUUCUCCGAAGGGACGGAUCCCGGCACUUUUGCCGCUGCCAUGUGCAGCUUGGAGCGCUGUGUGCUUGAGGUGGAGGAGUGCAUUGCCCAUAGUGGCGCCGAAAGUCUAAAUGAAUUGGAAUUGUCCCAGCUCAAGACAUUGGCAACACCUCUGCGUGAUCUGAGGCAAUACUGUGAGCAGAUCGAUACCCAAGCGCUGGAACAGGCCUUGGAUAUGUCUACACAGGAUAUAUCAGACCUGAAGACCAGCGGACAUCAGCAGACUGUCGAGGAUGCCGUCAAGGAGGCGGCUAUCAUCCUGGCAGAACCCAAAGUGGAGAUCUUCAAUGUGCAACAAGGCGUAGUAAGUGGCAUAAAGCAGCUGGAGGCUGCUUUGGAAGUCACCAAGAGGGAUAGCCACGAGGAGCUGCGCCAGGUGGGCGUUAUAAUCCAGCAGCUGAAUUCGGAUUUGAAGAACAUACAAGAGGCCCUCGCCUCGGACACUGAUCAACAGGAAACGGUUUUGGCUCAGGCGAAAAUUGCACGCACCAUGUUCAAGUUGAAGGAGUGCUUGGUGCACACCUACGAAUCGGGUCUGGUUGACUCCUUGGACAAUGUGGAAAGCGCUUUCGAAGAUAUUUUACUAUCUCUGCCCGUGCUGGAGUCGCAGCUCGCUCAGGAGAUGUAUGCCAAAAUCGAGAAUACCUUUAAGAACUUCAUGGCCAGCUGCCAACAGCCUGAAGCUCAGCAGCAACAGUCGAUGAAAAGUCUACAAGCCAACUUUGAAAAGCUGCUGAAAUCGAUUAAAGCUGUGGCCGAUUCACCCAAUGUUGAUAUCGAUAAGUCAUCGACUUUAAUGGUCCAUCUUCAAACCAAUCUUAUGGCAACAUUCAGAGCUCUCAACGAGGUCAGCGAAAGGGUGGACAACGAUCUGCUGGGUGGACUUCUCAGAGCCCAAAGCAGUCUAGUUGCAGUCUUUGAUUUUAUUGAGAAUAACGAAAAUACAAUACGCAUCAUUGAAUUGCUACAAGAAAUCGAUGUCAUAUCCGCGGAACUAAAGAGUUUGUCUCUAGUUUCUACCUCGCCCACAGUUCCUGUCGAUAUCAGUGCCAUAAUUGAGAACGUGACAUCGGGUAAGGCGUUCCUUACUGAAAUCGAACAAGGCUUGCAAAACGACAAUCCGCUGAGCGUCAAGCUGCUCGAUGAGAACACGGAUGAAAUCGGCCAAUUGGAAGCCACACUUAUCCAAAUCGAGAAUGAAAUACUAUCGCAGACGCAGCUUACUCAGAUUACAACUGAGCAGCUGGCGCUCAUUGCGACAGUUCAGCUGCAAAUAAACAAUCUUCAGGAGAAGCUCAUUCGCCUAAGUGCAUCACUUACAGCACAACAGGCGGUGGAGAAGCUAGCAGAGCCGCAGGACACAUUAGAUCAAAUGGUCAUUGCUAAGGAAAAAACAGAAACGAAGGUUAAAAGAAAACUGGAAGAUUCAAAACAAACUCUAACUAAGAAACCCAAAGACGAGAUCGACGCAAAAGACAUUGAGUCGUUAGAGAAAGCUCUCACUGACAAACCCGAAAACUUGCAACAAACUUUGAAUGUUAAAUUCCUAGAUUUGUGUAGUCUCUUAGAAACUAAACCAGAAAACCCUGAAAUAGAGGCAAUCAUAAACAAUAGCAAAGAUAUUAUGGAUAACUUAACGGACUCUGAGAAAACUGUUAAGGGCAUAUUUAAACUUCGAGAACACAUUGUUCAUACCUACGAUGAUAAAUCACCUGAAAAACAAAAUGAAAAAGAAAUGGUGGAAGCAUUUAUCGAAUCACUUCUAAACGCUUCUCCACCUGCUUCGGAGGAUAUAAUAAAUAGUUGUUUAAAAGAAAUUAAGACUAAUAUUAUUUUAACAAAAGCUGCUGUCCGACUUAUUGGCGAUACGGAAGUGGGUAAAAAAUCAUCGUUGAUAGUGCCGAAGCUUGGAAACAUCGAAAAUAUUUCGGAGAACAUCAGGUCUAAGCUGCAAAUUGAAAAGUCUUCUGAAAAGAUGGUUCAUCUGCAACAAAACCUAAUGGAUAUAUUUGUAAUACUUGAUGACCUUUUGGAUGACAAAACUGUUCUAUUAAAGCCCCUAAUUGAGGAUACGAAAACGGUUCUUCUAUCAGAAUAUGACUAUAUUGAGCAAAAACAAGGACAGCUGCAAACAGCAACAGUUGAAGGAAAAAUUCAAACCAUAACAAAACACAUACUGAAUGUUUGCGAAAAGCUACAACAGCUCAACAAAGACCAGAUUAAAGAAAAGCGCAUUGAAGAGUACCAAUUAACUGAAAAUAAUAAACUGGACGCAGAAAAUGCUGAAAAAGAAGCUAAAGAGAAAGCUCAGAAGGGAGAAGUACCUGAAGUUGUUGCUGAGAAGGUUUCUGAGGAAAAGGUUCCUGAGAGUAAGAAGCUUGAAGUAAAGGAAUCUGAAAGUGAAGCCCAAAAGGCAAAGGUACUGGAACAACAAUUAAUUGAAGAGCAGAAACUGGAUACCAAACAGAAGAAACAGUCUGAGAAGGAUGCUGAGAAGAAAGCCCAGAAGGGAGAAGCAUCUGAAAUCGUUGCAGAGAAGGUUUCCGAAGAAAAGGUUCCUGAGAGUAAGAAGCUUGAAGUAGGGGAAUCUGAAAAUGAAGCCCAAAAGGCAAAGAUACUAGAACAACAAUUAAUUGAAGAGCAGAAACUCGAUACAAAACAGAAGAAACAGUCUGAGAAGGAUGCUGAAAAGAAAGCCCAGAAGGGAGAAGUAUCUGAAGUCGGUGCUGAGAAAGUUUCUGAGGAUGAAAAGAAAGUGAUUAAACAGAAUUUGCAAAUUAAACUCUUAGAUAUUGUUAAAGCUUCUGAAUCGCAAAUUUCCAACGAAGGCUUGCAGUUGAUUGUUACGGAAAGUAACAAUAUAAUCGAAGAUCUAGAAGACUGUGAAAAGGUUUCUAAAUGCAUAUUUAAACUUCGAGAACAUAUCGUUCAUACAUACGAUGGAAAAUCAACUGAAGAACAAAAUGAAAAAGAAAUGGUGGAAGCAUUUAUCGAAUCAGUUUUAGAGUCCUCUCCGCCUACAUCGGAGAGUAUAAUAAAACGUUACAUUAAGGAAAUUGAAGCAAAUGUCAUUUUAACAAAAGCAGCUGUUCGACUUAUUGACGAGUCUGAUAUGUUUGCUAAGCCUUCACUGCUAAUACCAAAACUUGUUAAUCUGCAAAAUAUUUCCAAAAAUAUUGAAUCUCAGGUGCAUAUUGAAAAGGCUUCUGAAAUGAUGAUAUUUUUGCAACAAAAUCUAAUGGAUAUAUUUGUAAUACUUGAUGAUCUUUUAGAAGAUAAUACAGCUAUGUUAAAGCCUGUCAUUGAAGAAAUUAAAACUGUCGUUCUAGCAGAAUAUGAUUAUAUUGAGAAAGCACAGGCAGAUCUCAAAACUGCAACAAUUGAAGGAAAAAUUCAUAACAUAACCAAAGAAAUAUUAAAUGUUUGCGAACAAUUACAACAUCGCAAAAAAGAAUUGAUUGAAGAAAAGCGCAUUGAAGAGCAGCAAUUAAAUGAAAAGAAUAAACUGGACGCAGAAAAGGCUGAAAAAGAAGCUGAAGAGAAAGCCCAGAAGGGAAAAGUAUCUGAAGUUGUUGCAGAGAAAGUUUCUGAGGAAAAGGUUCCUGAAAGUCAAAAGCCUGAAAUAGUGGAAUCUGAAAGUGAUGCCCAAAAGGCGAAGGUACUAGAACAACAAUUAAUUGAAGAGCAAAAACUAGAUACCAAACAGAAGAAACAAGCCGAGAAGGAUUCUGAAAAGAAACCCCAGAAGGGAGAAGCAUCUGAAGUCGUUGCAGAGAAGGAUUCCGAAGAAAAGGUUCCUGAGAGUAAGAAGCUUGAAGUAGAGGAAUCUGAAAGUGAAGCCCAACAGGCAAAGAUGCUAGAACAACAAUUAAUUGAGGAGCAGAACCUGUAUACCGAACAGAAGAAACAAUCCGAGAAGGAUGCUGAAGCGAAAGCCCAGAAGGGAGAAGCAUCUGAAGUCGUUGCAGAGAAGGAUUCCGAAGAAAAGGUUCCUGAGAGUAAGAAGCUUGAAGUAGAGGAAUCUGAAAGUGAAGCCCAACAGGCAAAGAUGCUAGAACAACAAUUAAUUGAAAAGCAGAAACUGGAUACCAAACAGAAGGAACAAGUCGAGAAGGAUGCUGAGAAGAAAGCCCAGAAGGGAGAAGCAUCUGAAGUCGUUGCAGAGAAGGUUUCCGAAGAAAAGGUUCCUGAGAGUAAGAAGCUUGAAGUAGGGGAAUCUGAAAGUGCGGCCCAAAAGGCAAAGAUACUAGAACAACAAUUAAUUGAAGAGCAGAAACUGGAUACCAAACAGAAGGAACAACUCGAGAAGGAUGCUGAGAAGAAAGCCCAGAAGGGAGAAGCAUCUGAAGUCGUUGCAGAGAAGGUUUCCGAAGAAAAGGUUCCUGAGAGUAAGAAGCUUGAAGUAGAGGAAUCUGAAAGUGAAGCCCAACAGGCAAAGAUGCUAGAACAACAAUUAAUUGAAGAGCAGAACCUGUAUACCGAACAGAAGAAACAAUCCGAGAAGGAUGCUGAAGCGAAAGCCCAGAAGGGAGAAGUAUCUGAAGUCGUUGCAGAGAAGGUUUCCCAAGAAAAGGUUCCUGAGAGUAAGAAGCUUGAAGUAGGGGAAUCUGAAAGUGAAGCCCAAAAGGCAAAGGUUCUUGAACAACAAUUAAUUGAAGAGCAGAAACUGGAUACCAAACAUAAGAAACAAACCAAAAAGGAUGCUGAAAAGAAAGCCCAGAAGGGAGAAGCAUCUGAAGUCGUUGCUGAGAAGGUUUCCCAAGAAAAGGUUCCUGAGAGUAAGAAGCUUGAAGUAGGGGAAUCUGAAAGUGAAGCCCAAAAGGCAAAGAUACUAGAACAACAUUUAAUUGAUGAGCAGAAACUGGAUACCAAACAGAAGAAACAAUCUGAGAAGGAUGCUGAAAAGAAAGCCCAGAAGGGAGAAGUAUCUGAAGUCGUUGGUGAGAAAGUUUCUGAGGAUGAACAGGAAGUGAUUAAACAGAAUUUGCAAAUCAAACUCUUAGAUAUUGUUAAAGCUUCUGAAUCUCAAAUUUCCAAUGAAGGCUUGCAAUUGAUUGUUACGGAUAGUAACGAUAUAAUCGAAAAUUUAGAAGACUAUGAAAAGGUUUCUAAAUGUAUAUUUAAACUUCGAGAACACAUUGUUCAUACCUACGAUGGAAAAUCACCUGAAAAACAAAGUGAAAAAGAAAUGGUUGAAGCAUUCAUCGAAUCACUUCUAAACGCUUCUCCAGCUGUCGCAGAGGAUAUAAUAAAUAGUUGCUUAAAAGAAAUAAAGACGAAUAUUAUUUUAACCAAAGCAGCUAUACAACUUAUUGGCGAUACGGAAGUGGGUAAAAAAUCAUCGUUGAUAGUGCCGAAGCUUGGAAACAUCGAAAAUAUUUCGGAGAACAUCAGGUCUAAGCUGCAAAUUGAAAAGUCUUCUGAAAAGAUGGUUCAUCUGCAACAAAACCUAAUGGAUAUAUUUGUAAUACUUGAUGACCUUUUGGAUGACAAAACUGUUCUAUUAAAGCCCCUAAUUGAGGAUACGAAAACGGUUCUUCUAUCAGAAUAUGACUAUAUUGAGCAAAAACAAGGACAGCUGCAAACAGCAACAGUUGAAGGAAAAAUUCAAACCAUUACAAAGCACAUACUGAAUGUUUGCGAAAAGCUAAAACAUCUCAACAAAGACCAGAUUAAAGAAAAGCGCAUUGAAGAGUACCAAUUAACUGAAAAUAAUAAACUGGACGCAGAAAAUGCUGAAAAAGAAGCUAAAGAGAAAGCUCAGAAGGGAGAAGUACCUGAAGUUGUUGCUGAGAAGGUUUCUGAGGAAAAGGUUCCUGAGAGUAAGAAGCUUGAAGUAAAGGAAUCUGAAAGUGAAGCCCAAAAAGCGAAGGUACUAGAACAACAAUUAAUUGAAGAGCAGAAACUGGAUACCAAACAGAAGAAACAAGCCGAGAAGGAUGCUAAAGAGAAAGCCCAGAAGGGAGAAGUAUCUGAAGUCGUUGCAGAGAAGGUUUCCGAAGAAAAGGUUUCUGAGAGUAAGAAGCUUGAAGUAAAGGAAUCUGAAAGUGAAGCCCAAAAGGCAAAGGUACUAGAACAACAAUUAAUUGAAGAUCAGAAACUGGAUACCAAACAGAAGAAACAAGCCGAGAAGGAUGCUGAAAAGAAAGCCCAGAAGGCG